AUGGCGAGAACUAAGAUGGCCGCCCGCAAAAGCACCGCCUCUGCCCGGAGAUCCUCUGUAGGCGCCUCUGCAACUUCAACUCCUCGGUCAUCGGCGCCGAAGACCAUCCCGCGCGCUACUCCAUCAUCCAGUAAGAAAGAUGGUCAGCCACAGAAAAAGCGGCGAAAUCGGCGGGGUACAGUGGCUUUGCGCGAGAUUCGAAAAUACCAGAAGUCUUGCAACCUUCUACUUCCUGCGGCUCCAUUUAUCAGAACUGUUAAAGAGAUUAGCUACUCUUAUGCACCGAACAUUGGACGAUGGCAAGCCGAAGCCUUGGUGGCCCUUCAGGAGGCUGCUGAGGAUUACAUAGUUCAGUUGUUUGAAGAGGCAAUGCUAUGUGCCAUUCAUGCAAAACGUGUGACCCUGAUGAAAAAGGAUUUUGAACUCGCCCGGCGAAUUGGAGGUAUAGGGAGGCCCUGGUGACAAUAUCCCACUAUUCUUAUAUCAUUCAAGGUGUUGCCACCCAUUCGAACCACCUCUCCUUUGGUUUGGAGGCAUCCAUUCAACAUACAAAUUUAGCAGCAACAUGUAAAUAUCACUGUCGGUAGAAAACACCAUUGUAGUUGUAAUACUAACUUGAUUCCCCCAAACGGCAUGGUGUCGUAGGUAUAUUUGUGUUAUUAAAUCUAUGAUGAGAAUCAAGGCUCAUAUCGACUGCACAAAGUUGAGC